UAGCGAGCGCGAAUGCGAAGACGGACGCACACAAACGCCCCAAACCAAAUAACCAAUUCGCGAGCCUCUUACGGACGAACGGUACGGUGUAGCUAGUGUCGUCGGUAGCCGAUCGAUCGAUGGCAGCUGCUUCGCCGGAGCUCCGUCACGUGGCCAUGCUGCCGUUCAUGGCGAAGGGCCACGCCAUGCCGCUCCUCCACCUCACGCGCCUCCUCCUUGCCCGCGGCCUCGCCUCCAAGGUCACCUUCUUCACCACCCCGCGCGACGCGCCCUUCAUCCGCGCCAGCCUCGCCGGAGCCGGAGCCGCCGCCGUCGUCGAGCUCCCCUUCCCCACCGACGACGGCCUCAACGACGGCGCGGCGCCGCCGCAGAGCAUGGACGACGAGCUGGCGUCCCCGUCCCAGCUCGCCGACGUGGUCGCCGCGUCCGCCGCGCUCCGGCCGGCGUUCGCGGCCGCGUUCGCCCGGCUCGAGCCGAGGCCCGACGUGCUCGUCCACGACGGCUUCCUCCCGUGGGCCGAGCUCGCCGCCGCCGACGCCGGCGGCGUGCCGCGGCUCGUCUCCUACGGCAUGAGCGCCUUCGCCACGUACGUCGCCGGCGCGGUCACGGCACACAAGCCGCACGCGCGCGUCGGCUCGCCGUCCGAGCCGUUCGAGGUCGACGGCUUGCCCGGGCUCCGGCUCACCCGAGCCGACCUGAACCCGCCCAUCGACGAGCCGGAGCCGACCGGCCCGCUUUGGGACCUCGCGUGCGAGACCAAGGCAAGCAUGGACUCCAGCGAGGGCAUUAUCGUCAAUUCCUUCGUGGAGCUCGAGCCGCUAUGCUUCGACGGUUGGAGCCGGAUGUCCCCUGUGAAGCUAUGGCCGGUCGGUCCUCUGUGUCUUGCAUCCGAACUGGGCCGGAAUAUGGACCGGGAUGUAUCGGAUUGGCUCGACUCGCGGCUCGCCAUGGACCGACCGGUGCUGUAUGUCGCAUUUGGUUCACAGGCUGACCUAAGUCGGACUCAACUAGAGGAGAUAGCGCUCGGGUUAGAUCAGUCUGGUCUAGAUUUCUUAUGGGUGGUCAGGUCCAAAUGGUUUGAUUCAGAGGACCAUUUCGAGAAUAGGUUUGGGGACAAGGGGAAGGUAUACCAAGGUUUCAUCGAUCAAGUCGGGGUUCUAAGCCAUAAGUCUAUCAAAGGGUUUUUCAGCCACUGCGGGUGGAAUUCGGUGUUGGAGAGCAUCUCUAUGGGUGUGCCAAUACUUGCAUUCCCAAUGGCAGCUGAGCAGAAACUGAAUGCAAAAUUUGUGGUUGAUAUGCUAAGAGUUGGGCUCAGGGUUUGGCCACAGAAAAGAGAAGAUGACAUGGAAAAUGGAUUGGUUGCAAGGGAAGAAGUGCAGGUGAUGGCAAGGGAGUUGAUAUUUGGAGAGGAAGGAAAAUGGGCAUCUACUAGAGUAAGUGAACUCGCAGUGCUUUCUAAGAAGGCCAUGGAGAUUGGUGGGUCAUCGUAUAAAAAACUAGAGGAGAUGGUCCAUGAGAUCAGUGAGCUAACUCGUGAUAAGAGUAUGUAACUAUGGUUAUCGGUGUUUGCUAGUAUUUCGGUUUUACUAAAUGUCACAUUUUUCACUUAAUUUCAAUAGACUUUUUUUCUUGUGUGAUUGCUUUA